CUUUUGUGGGAGAAUUGGUGAAGCGAGAAGAGAGUUAGGAUAAAUCAUAGAAACUAGUUAGGAUAAGGCCUGGAUAUAAAAAUUAAUGAUAACUGAAGUAUUAUAGCAAUUAAGAUAAACAAUGUUGCUGAUAUAUUAUGAUUAUUUUACACAAAUAUUCUUCCCUCUAUUGCACCAUCCUUAUGAAAUACUAAAAUUUCAUUGCAGUUCUUUUUAUCAUGAAGGAUGUUUGUAUAUUUCCAGCGUAAAACUCUUUGAUAAAAAUUAUAAAUUGUGAGAGAAGGUAAAAAUACGGGGAACCCAAUAGUGUCUAAAGGCUGAUAUUCUAUUGACCCAUAUAACUCAUUAACCUCGUUUAUUGCUAACACUAAGUUGGUUGUUAGCAUCCUUAAAUUUUGAUAACAUUACGACUUUUUAUAAUUAACUGUAUAUCUGGGAGGUCACCACUCGACUUUAUAAUAGAGUAAUUUUUACCCAAAAAAUCACCAAUUAGCAAGAUAGUACCAUUAAAAUUAAGAAGUGUAUGCUUCAGCCCUCUUUCUCACUUUUUACUUCCCAAAGCCUUGAGUAAAUAAUAAACUUGAUCGAAAUUUCUUCAAUUUUGGGCAAAAAUUAGCAAGUUGGUUGUAAAACAAAGAGCUAAGAGCCAAAAUCUUCAUUAGAAGAUUACUUGGCUGAUUUCUGAAAGUCUAUUUGAGCAUUAAAACCUUAUUUGUCACUAUUAUUAAAAUUACUCAGGGUUGUAUAUUUUUGUUCAAAGAAAUAAUAUUGGUCCUAGGUUAAAUUAACCAAUUUAUAAGAAUAUGUCUUUUACAAUUUUUUAAUAAAAAAUACUUUUAAAUAAUCAUAACACUAUCUAAAAUAAGGCUUGACUGCAAAUUUUUUGCUUUGCUCUGUAUCACUAUUCUAAAAAUUCAUAAAUUCUCUUCUGUAGCCAUAACAAUCAAGACAUUUGCCAAAAUAAUAUUAAAGCAGACGUCUUCUAUAUUUCUAAGAAAUUGGCACCAUUUAAUUUAAGCCAUUUCCUAAAUUAAUUCAUAAAUAUUUAGCCUGAAAUAUUGUUUCAUUUCGAAUUUUACAGUAUUGGUCGUCAUACAAAGUUUAAACAUUACAGGUUGAUUAUGUUUGUUGUAAUCCUGAAAAUAUUAAUUUUUAAGCUAAAUCUCUGGGCUUAUUCCAGAAAAUUCUCUGAUUUUCUUGGCUUUGAUUCAAAUUAUUAGUUGAAGAAAGUGUUUUUAGCCUCGCGAUGGUCUAUAGUAUUCGUAUUUGAUUCUCUUGACAUCGCAUUAUUUUUUUAAAUCUCCUAAAGCUAUACUCUCUUUGAGUGAGGUCUUGGGAGGUAAAAGUUGUGAACUUUUGACUAUACUUAAAAUUUGAUCACCAACUAUUGAUAAUUCUCCAACUCCUUACCCAAUAUUAAAGAAAUUUUAUUGAGUAUAGUAAUAAUUUAAUCUAAAUUUCAUUUAGGAGCAAUGAACAAAGGAAAAUUUGAGCUCAAGCAAAUGUUUUCUUGGUCUAAAAAUUACAACAACGGACCAUGGACAAACGAGGAGCAUGCCCAGUUUAUACAAUGUAUUAAAGCACAUGGGGUAGAGUGGACGAUGCCCAAAUAAAUCGAUUCCUACUCGUACUCGAACUCAGAUAAAAUCCCACUUGCGGAGAUAUUUUAGCCAGAUCAAAAAGCAUUUUGAUCUUGAAGACCCAAUGGAGUACAUUAAGAAUAACAACUGUGACAAUUUAAGGUUCUACAAGAAUGCAGUGCUUAGAGAGAAAAGCAAAGAAUCAAGAAGUAGCUCUUCUGCUAUAGAUAAUGGAGGAAGAAACUCAAGAAAUAGAAUAAAUUCUAUACCAGACUCAAAAAUAGGUGGAGAUACUAUUUCUAACUCUGCUUCUAAAUUUCAGGGGAAAAAUCUGUUCAAAAAGAGGGAUCUGAAAUAUUCUGAGAAGUCAUUCAAAAGUUCUAAAUAUCCUUUGAUGGAAAAGGAUCAAACUUACAAGAAAGUAUUUGCUAUUGAGAGAAUCAAAAUGCCGAAGAUUGGGUCAAAAGAGAAGAAUUGCAAUACACAAAGGCAUAAUCAAGAAUUCUUCAGAGAAUUUCCAAGACAGAAUAUCUCAAGCUAUUUCAUACCUAACAUCACAGAGAAACAAGAUACGGACAAAAUCUGAAUAAAGGAGAGCAAUAUAGGAAUCUCUAUAUCUAGAGCAAAUAUCGACUCUAAAAUUCCGUGCAAGAUUGCAAAGACCAAAGAUGGACAUAUCAUGAUCGAUCCACAACAGAGUAUCAAAGUAGAAAUAGUUCCAACUGUGAAUAGUGGCACUUGAGAUUUGCUUCCAGAGAAAUAUUGCCACUCACAAAAUAAUACUAGUGCUAUUGGAUUUACGCAGCCUCUUACUGAGAACACUCAAAAUAUUUAGAAAAUGAACAACGAGUUCUCUAAUCAGAGUAAUGAUUACUCAGUUAUCACAAAAGCAAUAGAGAUAUU